AUGCAAUUAAACGAGAACCCAGAUGAUUCCUCCGUGCAUUCGACGUCAUCAACACAGCCUCCACCAACAGACCACAAGCAUCAACACGUCUCCGAGGGAGUUGGUGAGAACAGACAAAUCACUGCCCCAGCCCUCCAUCAGGCACCUCAGGAUGUGAACUCUGCAGCAUGUGGGCCAAACAUGCUUCCACCUCCGAGCUCCCAAGCCAUCUCUGGACAGACAUCGGGUCAGACGCCUGUACUAAUACACCCAAAAUCCCAACCGCCAAUGCAAAGUUCAAGUAGAACUAACCUUGAUCCUACCGCACAAAGGCAGCGCUGCAGCAAGUUUGGACGUCGCGACUGCGUCAACCUAGUACAGGAACUCGCAGCUGCUACCACUGAUUAG